GGCUCUGCUGGUGGCAGGUCCCAGGCACAGGUCAUUGCCCAGCCAGUUGCUGGAGAAUGGCGGCGGUGAAGGGCCCGUACAAAGUACAGUCCGCAGCUAUCAACCCGGACAUUGCGAGCGAGAGGACGGCGCCGGGAUUCCCGCUGGAGAAGUUAGUGAACCUGUUAGAUGGCGGCGCGGAGCGCACUCGGAUCCGGAGAGCGGUUGAACAUGUCAUUAAUGGUGAUACUGUAUUUAGUCGAGAAAAUGAGUAUUUCUUGACACCGACUGAGCAGUAUGAGUUAGCUGUGAAAAGAGCAGUACACCUGUGGCAGAAAAUGAAGGAAUUGGGAUGGAUGGAUGAUGGACCUGAGAUGCAGUUUGCUUAUAGAAUCAUGGGAAGAAAUUUGGCUUUUGUAGUCCACAACGGAGUCUUUAUACCAACCAUCACAGAACUGGGAACAGACGCACAAAUUGCCAAGUGGGUUCCACUGGCUAAGGAUUAUCAAAUUAUUGGAACCUAUGCUCAAACUGAACUAGGCCAUGGCACCUAUCUUCGAGGACUAGAAACAACUGCAUCCUUUGAUCCUUCCAACCAGGAUUUCAUCCUCAACACACCAAAACCAUCAUCAAUAAAGUGGUGGCCUGGUGACUUGGGUAGGUCGGCAAAUCACGCUGUGGUUUUGGCGCAGCUGUAUAUCCAGGAGAAGUGCCACGGGAUGCAUGCUUUCAUUGUUCAGAUUCGCAAUCUACUGGACCAUUCAGCUUUGCCAGGUGUCAAGAUUGGAGAUAUCGGUCCAAAGAUGGCCUUUGAACAUGUUGACAAUGGAUAUUUAAUGUUGCAAAAUGUUCGUAUUCCCAAGGAGAAUAUGCUGAACAGACAUAGUGAGGUUACUUCAGAUGGCCGCUACAUUAAAAAAUCGUUCGACAGAAUCAAUUACAUUGCUAUGGUAUUAACUCGAGUGAAGAUAAUAGCUUCAGAAAUGGUGAUUCCUCUUUCCAAAGCCUGUGUUAUUGCUCUUCGAUAUUCUGUGGUGAGACGCCAAUCAGAGUUAAAGCCUGGUGAAAUGGAAGCAAAAAUUCUCGAUUAUCAGACCCAGCAACAGAAGCUUCUUCCCCAGCUGGCAACAACAUUUGCCUUUCAUUUCAUGUCCUCAUCAUUGGAUACCUUCUGCAACCAAGUGAAAGUACAGAUCAAAAGCAAGGGAGAUGCCUCAUCAUUGCCUGAGCUCCAUGCCUUGUCAGCAGGUCUGAAAGCUUUGAUAUCAGAUGCCUGCAGUGCUGGAGUCGAAGUGUGUCGCAGAGCUUGUGGUGGCCAUGGUUACUCAAAACUGAGUGGUUUACCCUCUCUUUACACUCGGGUGGUAGCCUCCUGUACAUAUGAAGGGGAAAACACUGUAUUGCAAUUGCAGACUGCACGGUUUCUAAUCAAGUGCCUUAACAAAAUAGAUUGUGGUGAGCCUCUGCCCCAGUCUGUCUCUUACCUGUGUGAACCGGUAACUUCUCAUUGUUCUGCAAAGGAAAAAAAUGAUUUCCUCAAACCAUUCAUUUAUAUAGAGUCCUACAAGCACAGGGCACACAGACUGAUUAAGGAUGCUGGGAUCAAGUUGCAGUCUCUGCUUCAGUCUGGGGUUGAGCAACAUGUUGCCUGGAAUAGCACUUCUGUACAGCUUGCAAGGGCUGCUGUUGCUCAUUGCCAUUACAUAGUUGUGAAGAACUUUGUUGAGACACUGGAAAAAUUGAAGUUUGAGCCUGAACUCCAGCAAGUGGUCAAAAUGUUGUGUGAUCUUUACGCACUGACUGGCAUACUAGACAACGCUGGGGAUUUCUUAUAUGAUGGCUUUCUGACUGGAAAACAACUAGACUUGAUGACUACCUCUCAACAGCGUCUUCUAUCCCUUGUCCGGAAAAAGGCUGUCUCCAUAGCUGAUGCAUUUGAUUAUCCUGACAAACAGCUGAAUUCUGCAAUUGGUAAUUAUGAUGGCUAUGCUUACCAGCACCUCUUUGAAUGGGUUCAGAAAGCCCCCACAAAUGCAAAGGUAAACCCUGCAUAUGAGAAAUAUCUGAAGCCUCGCUUUCAAUUAGCACAGUCCAAGUUGUAAUUUUCUGGAUUUGUUUUGCUGCUGAAUUUAAUGGUUAAGACUACGUUAACAGCAUAGAAUAUUGAUUAUCAUAAACAAUUGCAAGUGGCCACUAUGACUCUUGACAGCCAGGUUUAUUCACAAUAAUCAAAAAUGUUAGUUGUUGAACUAAGGUUCACUUGAUUUCUUUUCAAAUUUCUAAUGAAUAUCUACUUGUUUUCAGAGAAAUUAAAAAUCCUUACUCAGUG